AAAAGAAAAAACGUUAUGUGAUAAUAUAAAAUAUAUAGGACAGUUUGCUGAAUUCUGGUGAUACUAUAACUGUAGCUUUAAUUAAAACUAAUUAGCAUGUCUUAUAUUAAACAUGAAAGAUGUGAGGAUAAUGUUUAUAGCAAUCUGAAGCGUUGGAGUCUUUAGACGAGUAUUGAAUGUGGAUAAAAAUGUUUCACUUUGUAGUGUUUGCAACUUUGUGUUUAUCGAUUAAUGGUUUAAGUAAUAACAAAGAUAAUUCGGGUGUUUUAAUAUCAAAAUACUCUAAAGUAGCUAGAUGGGGAAAUAAUAAUUCAUCGCAAGAAACUGGAAGAAAUUUUAAAGCGCAGUCAAUUUGGACACCAAGAUCAAGUGCGAGUAACAGUGGUAAAAAUCAAGUAGCUUACCAAUAUCCUACAUAUCAUAAAAUGGAUAAUCAAGAAUCUGAUAAAGUUCCAGGCAUAGGUGAAGUAAUCCAAGAUCGUUUUCAAGUUAGACCGUAUUUUGGUUUUGGAAAAACAUCUCCUGCGCCUGUUUAUACAGCACCAACUCCAGCUGCACAACGGCCAGUUAUCGUUCCCUCUAUACCUGCUGCUCCCGUUAUUAACGUACCACCACCAAUAGCUUCCCCUCAGUCUUUGCCAGCCCCAGUUCGUAGUGUAACUUUUAGUUUACCAGUAGUUUCAUCAACACCACAAGUCCCUUCUAAUCUCUAUAAUUCUCCUUUUACUUCUUAUAAUCCUCCCCCAUCCAAUCAAAAUGCAGGUAAUGGAGAUAGUUUUCCUCCAAACGCACCAACGUCUAGUGAUAGUAGUGCCGAUUCUCCGCCAUCAAACGGCGAUUCGUACGCAGAUAUUCCCUUGUCUGAUAGCGGCCCAUACAAUUAUCAACCAGCAACUUCUUCACAACCUAAACCACCAAGCAAGCCUCAUUUUAACGCACCUUAUCCCGAUUUGAAUCAAGAUUCUGGCAAAAAUUCAGACAGCGGUCAUUCGUAUGGAAAUAACGGUCCACCACAUCCGCCUAAGAGUAUUAAUGAUGUUUAUUACCCGCCUGAUUUUCCUAAAGAUCAAAUCCCUCAUGAUCAUGAUUCUCCUGAAAUGCCAAUGAAUAUCCCUCCGCCUCCAGACACUAAUACUAAAGACGACAUGACAGCGGAUUUGGUUCCACCUACGCAUGGCCACGACUUCCCCAAAUACUUAUACGACAGUCCCCAUUACGACCAUCACGUAUACGAAGAAGUUCCUCAUCCCACAACUCCUGCUCCGGAAAAGAAGAGAGUUAGCACAACAAAUUACAGUUAUUACUACUUGGGCCGAAAAUUAUGGUACAUCCCCUUAUAUUUCAGCAUAUACUUCAUGAUUUACGUUACUGCCCUGAUUAUCAAAUCGAUAGCAAGGCAUAAGGUUACACUGAGGAACGAAUGGAUAACGUCACACUCCAGAAGCGCCAGAGAUACACUUGGAACACUAGAUCACUUGGAAACUGUAGAUAACAUUCACAGGAAUAUUGCGUCGGCAUUAGAUAAGGCAGGAAAAUUGUAUUCUAAUCUUUCGAUGUAG